CGUUUGUUUUUGUGUUUUUUAAGUUAUUAAAGAUUUCAACAAAAUGAUGGCAACAGCUCGUACAACGACAAGAAUACGUCAGGAGAGUGCGGAUAGUUUAUCGGACACGCAGUCUGUAACAUUAGAUGAUUAUUCAGACGAUGAAAAAGAUUCGUCUAUGGAUGAUUUUCAAAUACUAAAAACAAUUGGUACAGGAACAUUUGGUCGAGUAUGCUUAUGUCGUCACAAGUCAACAAAUAAGUAUGGUGCUAUGAAAAUAUUAUCAAUGGCUGAUGUAAUUAAAAUGAAACAAGUUGAACAUGUGAAAAAUGAAAAAAGUAUUUUACAGGAAAUUCGACAUCCUUUUAUUGUUAAUUUACGAUGGUUUUAUCGUGAUGACACAUCAAUCUACAUGUUAUUCGAUUACGUCAGUGGUGGUGAAUUAUUCUCCUAUUUACGUAAUGCAGGACGAUUUAGUAGUUCCACAGCAAAUUUCUACAGUGCCGAAAUUGUAUCAGCAUUAGAAUAUUUACAUUCAAAAAGUAUUGUUUAUCGUGAUUUAAAACCAGAGAAUUUAUUAUUGGAUGAUGAAGGUCAUUUAAAAAUCACAGAUUUUGGUUUCUCAAAAAAAUUAACAGAUCGUACAUGGACUUUAUGUGGUACACCUGAAUAUUUAGCACCAGAAAUUAUUCAAUCCAAAGGUCAUAACAAAGCUGUUGAUUGGUGGGCAUUAGGUGUUUUAAUUUAUGAAAUGCUUGCCGGUUACCCACCAUUUUAUGAUGAUAAUCCUUUUGGUAUAUAUGAGAAAAUUCUAGGUGGAAAAAUUGAAUGGGCACGACAUCUUGAUCCGGUCGCAAAAGAUUUAAUCAAGAAAUUGUUGGUUCAAGACCGUACUAAACGACUUGGAAAUAUGAAAAGUGGAGCCGAAGAUGUGAAACGUCACAGAUGGUUCAAGGGUAUCGAUUGGCAAGAUGUAAUUUUAAGACGAUUAAAACCACCAAUUGUACCACGAGUAUUAUAUGAAGGCGACACAAGUAAUUUUGAUGAUUAUCCAGAAUCAGAUUGGAAAGCAGCCCGAUCAUUAGAUGAAACUGAAUUAAAAUUAUUUGAAGAUUUUUGAUAUGAACGCUUAAUUUUAUUAGACUGAACAUAAAAGUUUCCUAAAAAAUAUACAAAGGUGCUAUUUAAAAAUACACUCACAAAGCAUUAUGCACAGGUGCAAAUUUAAAGAAUUAACAUAUUUAAAAAUAAAUUUAAUAUAAUAUUAAACAUUAUGAAGACAUAAUUUCUCAUUAAAACAAGAUGCCAUCUUUAAAAUAAUUUUUUUAGAAUUUUAGUAUUUUGUUGUGAUUUUUCG